CACGGCUCCAUGCUCUUGCUCAUCCCAGCUCGCGAUGACGUCCCACUCACGCACCCACCCACUGGCGGUCCGGUUCGUCUCUUGGCCUCUGCGUCAGCCCCGUCUCGUGUCGCUGUCCAAGCGUUUCGCCUGGCGCAGCCGUUCAUUUUCGCUUCCUACUCGUGACUGACGAUGCUGUACUCAGCUUGGUCUUGGCGAACUCUGCUCCCGCUUGCCGUCUAUUCAGUUUGUGUGCCGGGGAGCUCUAUCAUCGGGUGAUAUGCCGUUUCUAGCCUCGUCCUAGUCUGUCCUAAACGCGGUACCGAGGGCCUGAGUGCCAGCUGUAUCGCGCCAAUCGACGACCGGGCUUGUGUCGUGUAUGUUUUUUUCUCAUCCGCAGAAUGCUAGGGAACGGCCCCGACGAGACCGCGUUGCGUUUGCGCGCCUGCGCGACGAGUUGGCCGAGGAGAGGCAGGGAGGCUGUUUAUCCGAAUCCAAGGGAUGCUGUGCGAGCAUGUGCGCAAGGAUUGUCCUGCGCACCCACAAUCGCUGGACCGGCGGACCGUCGCUUCCCGAGGUCUCGCAUUUAGAUGAAUUCUGGGGAGUAUAAAGGAUGCACGCUCUGGCUGAUAUUCUCCUCAGUUCUCAAGCUUUCUUUGCACCGAAAACAAGGACUACCACAAUGCGCACUGCUUUCAUUGCCAUCACCAUCUACCUCCUUGCAGCGUCCGCUGCAAUCGUGAAACGAGCGUCAGUGAAUGACGUCGCGACCGUUGGAUACGCGACACUCAACGGAGGAACGAGCGGAGGAUCUGGCGGUCCGACGACGACGGUGUCCACCCUCGAUGCGCUCACCUCGGCUGUUGCCGGUACUGCCAAGAAGAUUGUACUCAUCUCAGGCACUAUCACGGGGAACGCUGUAGUGAAAAUCGGAUCGAACACCUCUCUCAUCGGAAAGUCGGGCUCCGCCCUCGUCGGUGUCGGUUUGCGCGUGCUCAACGAGAAAAACGUGAUCAUCCGCAACGUCAAGAUCUCCAAGGUUCUCGCUUCGGCUGGGGAUGCGAUCGGAGUCCAAGCGUCGAGUCAAGUCUGGGUUGACCACGCCGACCUCUCAUCGGACCGCUCCCACGACAAAGACUUUUACGAUGGCCUGCUCGAUCUCACGCACGGAAUCACUGGUGUCACGAUCACCAACAGUUUCCUGCGCGACCACUGGAAAGCGUCGCUCGUUGGCCACUCUGACAGCAACGGCGCGGAGGACACUGUCAUCACGGUGACCUUUGCAAACAACUACUGGCGCAAUCUGAACUCUCGCACGCCCUCGCUGCGCUUCGGACACGCCCACAUCUACAACAACCUCUUCGAGAGCAACAGUGACGGUCUCAACACCCGUGACGGCGCCCAGAUGCUCGUCCAGAACAACGUCUUCGUCAACAUCACCAACGCGAUCAAGAGCACCGAUGGCGGCUUCGCCGUCGCUACCGGAAACGACUUUGGCGGCGCGACCAACACCGCCCCGACCGGCUCGUUCACAUCCCCGCCCUACUCGGCAUUCUCGCUGCUCCCCGUCUCGAGUGUCAAGUCUACCGUCUCGGGUGGUGCCGGCCAGACGCUCUCCUUCUGAGCAGGCCUGGACAAAGAGCAAGAACAAAGGAAAGUAGUUGAUCGAAUGUAUAUACGUACCAGUGUGUCACGAACAAACAGUCUGAGCGAAAUGAAGCGAUAGCGAGUGUCAUGAUCACCGGCUGAUAAAACCAAGUCCCCCUCUCAGCUCG